AUAGGAGACGUUAGCCUGCACGGCAGUACUGUUCAACUCUCUCAAAAAAUCAAACAAAGCUUGUGACUGCACAGAACUACAGUGGUAGUAGUUUCAUUCAUAAAUCAAUCAUUUCCGUUAUUACCAGCUUGUGACUUCUGUUCUAACUGAGAUUCAUCAACAAAACACACACGUCAAAGCAAAGCAAAGCAAAGGAAAGCAAUGCUAUUACUCUUUCCCACACCCUCCUUUCCCGCCAAUUUCACUCCCUCCAAACCUCUCUGUCUCCCUCACCGCCGUCUCCUCCUCCUCCGACGCAAGGCUGCCGACUUCGACUCCUUCACCGAGCGCUCCGGCUACCUCUUCGACCUCACCGCCUCCGAGGCCGAUUCCUUGACCGAAUAUGGCGUCUCGAAGAUCGCCGCCGUCUAUAGGAGAAAACCGCUCAUCCUAUUUCGCCGCCUUUAUCAGAUCGGUACCACUUUUGGAAAAUGGUUCGCCCUCCGCUACCUCGACCGGGUUUAUGAUCUCUCUGACCUCAUGUUCCAGAUUAGAGCCGCAGAGCUUCGGAAAAUAUUGGUCGAACUUGGUCCGGCAUAUAUCAAAAUUGCUCAGGCUAUCUCUUCUAGACCUGAUUUGAUACCACCUUCAUAUUUGGAUGAACUCUCACUGUUGCAAGAUCGAAUAAGUCCGUUUUCCACUGAAGUUGCUUUCAACACAAUAGAACAAGAACUUGGGUUACCAAUAGAUGAAAUUUUUUCUGAGAUUUCACCAGAGCCUAUAGCGGCAGCAUCACUUGGGCAGGUUUAUCAAGCUAGGCUUCGUCAUAGUGGAGAGGUUGUUGCUGUUAAAGUUCAAAGGCCUGGAAUUCAAGCUGCCAUAUCCUUAGACAUGCUAAUCUUGCGUUUUCUAGCAGGGUUACUAAGGAGAGCAGGCAAAUUGAACACCGAUCUUCAGGCUGUUGUUGAUGAAUGGGCGUCAAGUCUUUUUCGGGAGAUGGAUUACAUAAAAGAAGCAAACAAUGGUCUCAGGUUCAGACAGUUGUAUGGCGGGCUACCAGAUGUGCUGGUCCCAAAAAUGUUUGUGGAGCACUCAACUCGUAAGGUCCUUGUUAUGGAAUGGGUGGAGGGGGAAAAGUUGUCAGAAGUGAAGGAUCUUUACUUGGUUGAGGUUGGAGUCUAUUGCUCAUUCAAUCAACUUCUGGAAUAUGGGUUCUAUCAUGCUGAUCCACACCCUGGAAACCUUCUCCGCACAUAUGAUGGUAAACUAGCAUAUUUGGAUUUUGGUAUGAUGGGUGAAUUUAAACAAGAACUUCGAGAUGGAUUUAUUGAAGCCUGUCUCCACCUUGUGAACCGUGAUUUUGAUGCGUUGGCUAAAGACUUUGUCACUCUUGGGCUUCUUCCGCCAACUGCAGACAAGGAAGCUGUUACAAAGGCUUUAACAGGUGUAUUCCAGGAUGCUGUUGCUAAAGGAGUACGAAAUAUUAGCUUUGGAGAUCUUCUUGGAAAUUUGGGAACAACCAUGUAUAAGUUCAAAUUCCAAAUACCCUCAUAUUUUUCUCUUGUAAUUCGAAGUCUUGCCGUAUUGGAGGGAAUUGCAAUUAGCUCUAACCCAGAUUACAAAGUUUUGGGUAGUACAUACCCGUGGAUUGCUAGAAAAGUACUAACUGAUAGCUCACCACAGCUGAAGUCUUCUUUGCAAAAUCUUCUUUAUGAGGAGGGUGUUUUCAGAAUUGAUCGUCUAGAGUCUCUGCUAAUGGAGUCCCUCCGUGCCAGAACAGAGAAGGCAUUGGUCAGAAAACCAGCAGAGGAAACUAAUUCCAGGGUGGUUGUUAAGCAAGUCCUUUCUUUUACUUUAACUGAGAAGGGUGCGUUUGUGAGGGAUAUACUUCUUCAAGAAAUUGCUAAGGGUUUGGAUGCACUUGGGAUAGCAACACUGGAUUCUAUACCUUUCAUCUCUUUCUUUUCAUUCUCAUCAAUGACUGAUGAAGACAAAGUUAACUUGAGAACCUUGCGCCGCCUUAUGCUGUUGGUGUCAGGACAUCAAUCAACUGAAAAUACCGACACAGGACUUGGAGGUGUUAGUCCAUACAAGAGUCAAAACGUGUACCAAGAGGAAGCAUCAUUAGUUUUUAAUCAACUUGCUUCUGUUCAAGAAAUUCUACCCAUCCUAUCUGUUAUUUCUGAGCUCCCACCAGAAUCCCAACAGCAGUUAUUUAGUCUACCUGCUGAUUUGGCCGGACGGUUGAUUUCCCGUGUCACUGCAAGGACAAUCCGAAGGAUGUUUUUAUGAAACAUUUAUGUUUUGGAUAUGAAUUAAACCUAUAAUUCGUUUGAAAAUAUUGGGAGAUUUUCUUCAGUCAACAUAGAUUCUUUUUCCUCUUCCUCACUGAAGUAGUUAAGUUCUCUUUGUUUUAAGUAUCCUUCAUACCAAUCAGAAAUUUUCAGCUGAUUGCAUUGACUAGAUUGUGCUAGAUUUAAAUAUUGUAAAUUGGUUUAUAGCAAUUGAAAAUUCUCCUUGUAAACGCUUUAAAGAAAAUAUAUUCUCAAUUUCUUGAGCAA